AUGGCAUUUGCACAAGGCCGCAUAUAUUGCGAACAGUGUAGGGCAGAAGUUGAAGGGGAAAGAGAUGGAGGAACUCUAGGUUUACCUGGAGCACUCAAGCAACCCCAACAAGAAAUCCCCGGGAAGGUCGCGAAUUCGAGUCCGACGACCUCCUGCUGUGACCCAUGCCGCAAAAUCGAGCACCUCACAGCGCAAAUCAAGCAGGCAAAAGCUCAUAUUGCUGCACAAAUGGCCAAGUCGGAAGCCCACAUCACCACCCUUACAUCCCAGCUCUGCGCAGCCCAAACGGCGCGCAACGCACUCCAUGACCCGCUCGCUCAACGCCUUCCACCCGAAAUCGUCUCUUAUAUCUUCUAUCACGCCUGCCCAUCACCCCCUCCUCCGUCGCUGCCAAGCACUUCGCCGCAGAGGCCUCAAGACUUCCGAUAUCUCAGGCGAGCACAGGCCCUCGUCCUCGGUGCAGUGUGCAAAAGCUGGCGGUUGGUCGCGUGGAAUACUCCCGAGCUCUGGACGGACGUGUCCGUUCACUUUGAGAGCGAACUGCGGACGGGCCGCGAGCUCAAGUUCAUGGAAGACUGGUUUUCCCGCUCGGGUCGCCUUCCUGUCUCUCUCCGACUCUCAGCGGUGGUAGACUAUACUCUCUCUGUCUGGGGGAUAGCGCAGGUGGAGGAGCAGCGCAGGAGUGUGGUGGAGGCCAUUAGUACGAAGCAUAGUGGGCGUUUGCGGACGUUGGAAGUGACUAUCCCGGACCCCCUGUUCUGGGACGUGAUUUCGGAGCUGCGGGUCGGCCCAGGGCUGGAGGAGCUCAGCAUACAUUCGGAGGUACGGACGGGUGCAUGGAUGAUGCCUAGUCUGCUCCGCAGCUUGAGCACCUCUGCCCCCCUCCCAGCGCCGCGUACGGUUCGCGUGACCUCUGUACCCCCUACCGACAUCAACAUCUCCUGGAAGAACGUAACCCACCUCGAGCUCCAGUCGGUCGAGGAAGGCGCAUGCUUCUCCAUCCUCCAACAAGCCCCGUAUGUGGUAUCCUGCAAGUUCCUUCAAGUGUUACCCGAUUCUGCCCCACCGCUCCCAAGCAACGCAUCUUCGGCCUCCCUACCCUCACCUAUCCCCAUCGUCCUCCCAUGCCUCAAGUAUCUCCACUACAGCAACAGCAACCGCCCGCGUGCCUUUGCGUCAGGCUUCACCUUCCCUGCGCUCCAGGAGCUCUCACUUACUGUUGACGGCCACCUUCCCUCCGCAAGCCUGAUCGCCCUCCUGACGCGUUCAGAUGCACCUCUCCGUACACUCGAGCUCAUUGGAUGGACAAAUGACGACGAAGAUGGCCUAAUGGGCCUCCUGCGCGUAGUAUCAAGUCUGCAGGAGUUGCAUCUGUGUCCGUCGCCGCUAAACCCGCGUGGUGUGUCGGAACGCUUCUUCCAGGCUUUUUCUACCCUGCAACCCAAGAGCCAUGCCGGUGCGCAUGACCAACAGAAACGCACAACCACAUUCUUGCCAAAUUUGCAGAAGUUGGGGUAUCAAGGUCGGGUAACAUUCUCAUGGAGUGUGUUGCGAUGCCUCCUUCCGUACGCGUCCUCGCUCUCCCAGAUUCGUGGUGGUGCCUCCAACACGAAGGAAGGCGACAUGACACGAUCCUUGCACACCGUCCGCCUUGAGCUUGGGAUGCACAGGACUAACUUCAUCGACAAGGACGUCGUCCUGCGACUGCUGGACGCCCAGCGGCGUUUCGGGAUGGUGUGGAGCAUUUCUCCUGCGUCUCAGAGCUCUGACCACGGCAUGUUCAUGAACGCUGGCGAUUCGCUGCCUCCUGACUUACUUCUGGCGUCAAUGGAGCAUCAUCAGAUACAGAUCGAGGGUGAGAGGGAUGGUUAA